AUGGCUCUUUUAUACAGAUUCGCGCAGCUACCAGAUCGCGGUGGCACGCGAGUCUUUUCCUUUGUCGUAACCAGAAGUGUGGUUCGUGAUCCGGAAAGGGACGUCACCAGCAAAGAGCUGGUUUGCGGCUUUCAGAGAUGGGCCGUUGCUUUUUCACGUGGAGACAAGGUUCUCGGCGUCUAUUUGGUUUGGCGUGGUGCAGCUCCAGGCCUUCGAGUAUAUGUAGAUUUUGCUUUCACGAUUCUUAACCGGCAACAUUUCUCUGAAAAUGAAGGAUUUUCCGGAAAGAGAGUAAAGUUUACCUACGAUGCACCCGCCCAGGGAAAUCGAAAUUACAUUCCCGUUUCCGAUCUCUACAGCCGGAAAUUUGCUGAUCCAAAUGGGGAAUUCCAGUUGGAGCUGUCGAUGGCAAAUGUCAGGACUGUCUACACAGCAGAGGUAAAACUCCCAACUGGUGCCUUUGCCAGCCCCCCAAAAUCGACGAAGCUGGAAACAGGUUACUUCACUUUUGGUGGUUUUGAUUGGAACUUAGUAAUCUACCCUUAUGGGAACAAAGAGGCUGAAGGACGUGUCCAGGAAAAUAGAUUGAGUGUCUACCUCGUGAGACUUACAGGUUUCGAUCACCGGUGUAGAGUUAGAUAUAGUGUGACUUUAGGCGAGGGUGAACGGGCAAUAGAGUCUGGCCAGAUUGAAGACCUUUCUGAUGCCGAAGGUCGAGGUUUCGGAUGGCAUCCUCGACUUCGUUGGUCAGACAUCCAGCACAAGGGUGCUCUCCGGGUGUCCUUGGAAAUGGUCGAAGCAAGAACGAUUUCCGAAAUCGCGGUUCAAGCUCUCGGACCCGCGACCUUGCCGGCAUCACCUUGCUACGACAGAGACAAGCAAGCUUGGGCGAUCAGGGCAGAUCUGCAUUCCGAUACUGUCAGGCUGCAUCUUGUCUAUAAAGACAUCCACAAUGUUCCUAGGAACCACUUGAGAUACGUGAGUUGGUCAGCGUACCUGAUGAGAGGCGAGGAGCCAGACGCGGAAGCGACAAGUCUCCCCGGAGCUCCCUUCAGUCGUUACUACGCCCAGGAGCCAGCUGAUGAAGGCAUCAUCAUGGAAACAAGUCUCGGUGUCAACGAUGUCAAAGACGAGAAUUGUCCCUUCAUCACAGACAAGGGCCAAAUCCGCAUCAGGUUGGAGUGGAACGAGAGUCAUCUUCUCUUCCAAGCAACCUACCACAAAUACGAUGAUGUCUGUCGCGUCCACAAUCAGCAGAUGCGACGCGAGAUUGCAACGCUUCAAGCGGAAAAUUACCACCUGGAACGGGAGCUCUUCAGUUAUCAAAAGAGUCUUGCUUUCGCGCAACAGCAACAACAAGUUACAACACCCCAGCACACUCCAAACUCUGGACAUCUUGAACGCUCUGCUUCCUCGGACACGGAAUACGCCUGA